CUCUCCUGGGAUUUUGCUGCCGGGCUCCCUCUCUCUGCGGCCCUAGAGUUAAUCCCAUCGGCCGAGAUGAACCUCUAAUCUUGCUUUGAAAAAGGCAUUUUGUGUAACUCUUGACUGUGAAUAAUUUCCUAAUACACCUGUUGGGACAGUUACUGACAGAGUAUACCAUUUGAGAGGUACUUUUCUUGACCAAAUACUGGUGAUUAGAGAAGAGAGGUAUUUUUGUUUUUUGGUUUUUUUUUUUCUCUGAUCAUUAUGAACAUUGGCUUUUCACUUCUGAAGUAAAAAUGUUGAAAGCCGAGUCUUCAGGUGAACGAACCACUCUCAGAAGUGCCUCUCCUCACAGGAAUGCAUAUAGAACUGAGUUCCAGGCACUGAAAAGUACCUUUGACAAGCCCAAGUCAGAUGGGGAACAAAAAACAAAAGAAGGUGAGAGUUCCCAGCAGAGCAGGGGGAGGAAAUAUGGCUCUAAUGUCAACAGAAUUAAAAAUCUAUUUAUGCAGAUGGGUAUGGAACCCAAUGAAAAUGCUGCAGUCAUUGCCAAAACAAGGGGGAAAGGUGUACAUUCCUCUCCUCAGAGGAAAAUGAAGCCCAAAGAAUUUCUGGAAAAAACAGAUGGCUCUGUUGUUAAGUUGGAGUCUUCUGUUUCUGAACGAAUUAGUAGAUUUGACACAAUGUACGAUGGCCCUUCAUAUUCUAAGUUCACUGAGACUCGGAAGAUGUUUGAGAGAAGUGUGCAUGAGUCAGGACAAAACAUCCGCUAUUCCCCAAAAAAGGAGAAAGCUGGGGGGAGUGAACCUCAGGAUGAGUGGGUUGGUUCCAAGUCCAAUAGAGGCAGCACUGAUUCCUUGGACAGCCUCAGCUCCCGGACUGAGGCUGUCUCCCCAACAGUGAGUCAACUGAGUGCAGUAUUUGAGAGCACUGAUUCCCCCAGUGCCAUCAUUUCUGAGAAGGCUGAGAACAGUGAAUACUCAGUGACUGGGCAUUAUCCCUUGAAUUUACCAUCUGUUACUGUUACAAAUCUUGAUACCUUUGGCCACCUUAAGGAUUCUAAUUCUUGGGCUCCUUCAAACAAACAAGAUGUUGAUACAGAGGAUGCUCAGAAGAGUCACACUACUCCAGUGCUAGAAGUGGCUUCUAAAAGUAGCUCUCUAGCUCUGAUACCCAGUGAAGAGAACCAGCAGAGCAAGGAAGCCGAAGACUCCACAUCUAACCAGGAGACUCCUGGCAGAAGUGACAUUACCGAAGAACCUUGUGCUGAAAAUAAGACAAUGUCAAGAUACAGAAUCCCCUCACCAAAAAACAAACCUUUAGAAGAUGCUGAAGCUAAUUUGGCAGCACAGCAACAGCAGAGAAGAUUUGCAGGUGGUGAUUUCCCCUCUCCUGAUGCUUCUGCAUCCAGUUAUGGAAGAGAAACACCUGAAGAUUCAAGUAAUUUUGAGAGUUCCCAUGUGUAUAUGCACAGUGACUAUAAUGUGUAUAGGGUGAGAUCCAGGUAUAAAUCAGACUGGGGAGGGACAGGCACUGAGGAGGAAGACAGUGAUGAGAAUUCUUACCAUCAGCCUGCUAUGGAGUACUCGGAAAUCGGUGGGUUGUCAGAAGAAGAUGACAUCCCAGAAAAUAGGAAAAUUAAGUUUAGUAGUUCUCCUAUUAAGAAAGAGUCUUUUUUGCAUUAUCACCUUGUUGUUGGUCUCUUACUACAGGUUUUCACCACGUACUCCAAUCGAGAGUAUGACAGGAGAAAUGAUGACGUUGACCCUGUGGCUUCUUCAGCUGAGUUUGAACUUGAAAAACGUGUUGAAAGGCUGGACCUGUUCCCAGUGGAACUAGAGAAAGAUGAAGAUGGUCUCGGUAUAAGUAUUAUUGGAAUGGGUGUUGGAGCAGAUGCUGGACUUGAAAAGCUGGGAAUAUUUGUCAAGACAAUAACAGAAGGUGGUCCUGCCUACGUGGAUGGCAGAAUUCACGUCAAUGACCAGAUUGUGGAAGUGGAUGGAGUCAACAUGGUGGGUGUCACCCAGAAUUUUGCUGCCUCCGUUCUCAGAAACACUCAGGGCAUUGUCAGCUUCCUCAUGGGGCGAGAAAAAGCAGGACAAGUGAGCGAGGUCGCCCAUUUGAUAAACCAGACACUGGAACACGAACGGCGCCAGAGAGAGGUUCUGGAGCGUCACUAUGCCCAGUCCCAGUACGAUGCUGAUGACGAUGAGGUCAGUGGAGCUUGCAAACAUUCUUUUUCCUACAUUUCCUGCUUUAUAGAACUCUCUACCAGUUAG